CGUAUAAUCUAUUUGCGGAAGCCAACGUUUUACAAGCAAACAGGACCGAAAUGAAUAUAAUAUCAACAGUUUGUUGGUGCAACGUUUGGGACAAGAACACCAUCGUGAAUGUGGGUCCCGAUGUCCUGUGCCUGCGGAAUGGCAAUGCGAUCAAGUUCGUCCACAUGCAAACGAAGGCAGUUAGUUUCUUCAAGGCGGAGACGGUGUCCACGGGUCUAAGUAUCAGUUGUUUUACUGGCCACAACCGCUUUCCGCUUUUCGCCUUUGCCGAGGUGGUGCUGAUGCCAAAUAUCUUUAUAUACCGCUAUCCGGAUAUGGCCAAGUUUAGCUUGAUUCCCCCUCACUUGGUAAGCUACACUGACAUCCGGUUUUCGGAGCUCGAUCUACUGAUCGCUGUGGGCGGCUAUCCCGACUAUUGCCUCUGCGUUUUCAACUACCGUACGGGAACCUUGGUCCUGGAGCAAUCCACCAAUGUGCCCACAGUGGAGCGCGGUAUUGUGAUUAGCUUCACCAGCCUGCCCAGCAUCAUUCAGUUGAACAAACAGGACAUGACCAUCAUGUGCUACGACAUCUGCACCGUUGAAAAGGAGUCCUUCCUGUACAAGGUGGCCGAAGUGGAGCUGGGCAAAAAUUUCCUAAAGUCCUGCUACCGAUGCCUGACCUUCGGCGAGGACAACACCCUGUACGCCACCAACGAUUUUGGCCAUCUGCUCUCAGUGGAUGUGGCCUGUUUCGCCCUAAAGCCACAAUGGCAGCCCGCAUCCGCUGCCGCUUCCGAUAUCGAUGUGGAAAGAAUGCCCCGCCCCCACGGCCUCACCUAUCACAAGUCCGGAUUCCUCAUCUGGAACAGCUCUACCGCAUACUUUGUGAAGAAAAAGGCGGGUGUCUUCAAGCUCGAGUGGGAGUUUGAGGGCCGUUUGAACGAGGUGGUCCGCUUCCUGAGCAACAACAAUGGCGAAAUCUACGCCGAGCGCCGCCCUGGACACAUUGACCAGGUGGUGGUGGACGGCAAUGGAUCGGUAUCGAUAGAGAACGUGGUGCCCACCGGAAAACCGGUGAUUACCUUUCGAGUGCUGCAGGGACUUAAGGACGAGUGCGUUUGCGUGUUGCACGAUGAAGGAGUGGCCAUGAUGGACCUGGCUAAAGGUCACACCCUGUGCGAAGUGCCCGUUCCGGGCGCAACGGCCAUGUGCAACCAUCGCAGCUUGGCCCUGGUGGUCGUGGGAACGUUCGAUGCCAGCAUCGUUUUGAUCCACUUCGAGCGGGCCGGCUUGCCCCAUGUUCUGUGCGAUCUCAAAAUGGAGACGGCAGCGGUGGUGGGACUGGAGUUCAACGACAGCUGGGUGGUGUUCCAGGAUCAGAUGAAGGUGCUGCACGUGGUUCAGGUGGACAACAGGCCGCACAAAUUGACGCAUUACUUCGAGAUGAACACGCCGGAACUGGCGCAGGUCUUUAUCCACACCUUUCUGCUGGCCGACGGACCGCGCCUGAUGGUCUUCAUCAAUCGGGAUCAUAGCAUGAAGCGUCCUGGCUUCGCCACCGAGCUCUGGCUCUACAAUUGGGGCAAGGAUAAGCGUCUUCACAGGCGCGAAUAUAUCCUGCCGAGGCAAUACGGCUUCUUCUGCGUCCAGGCGCCGGUUGGAAGAUGGUCACUGAUCGAGAUCGUGGCCACUGAGUACAACAACUUGAACUUUGACCAGUUCGCGUUGAACGAGAAGGAUGAGCUGCAGUGGAUCGCCUCCACUAAGUCGGGGCACUUUAGCUAUAUUCUCGGUGCUGGCAUGACCAAACACUUGGUCACCUGGAGUCUGGGGGGCAUCCUUGUGCACUUCAAGCAGCACAAGCGGGCCAAGAAGCCGUUUAUGAUCUGCCGAUUUCUCAACUUGGGCAUGCAAACGGAGUACAUACUGCGGGUGAAGGAGUGCUUUAAUUCCAAGUACCUCAUUAUCCUUUUGGCCAACAAGAGCAUGCGAGUAAUGCGUCUGCCCUCUCUGGCGGACUUUGUUCGUGAAAACUUGGCCUUAAAAUUGCCCACGGAGGAGGGCAUUCCCUGUUUCAUAGAGCAGACAACGCACAAGGUGGAUAUGUUUGUGCCGCUGAGUCAGCGGCAGGAGGUCAAGGAGGAGUACUCCAGGGCGGAUUUAAUAAAGCGCGAGAAGCUGUUAGCCAGCAUCAAGGACUUUGCCGCCAAGGUGACGGCGCUAAUCGACUACGAUAUCUCUAAGACGGGCAAAACCCAAGGCAUCUUCAAGAAGUUCUGCUUCCACUACCGCUGGCUGGACGCUCUCACGGCGGAGGCCCAAAAACUAUGUGCCUUGGAACGGGAAUCGCUGGAACGAGCCAUCGAGGAUCAGUCAAGGAUUCGCGACUGGAUACUGCGCCUGGUAACCCGUGAGGCAGUGAGCAUUAACUAUCGUGUGCGCUCCAUCUUCGCAGAUGCCAACUUCGAGAGCUUCUCCGUGCGGAGGAAGGUGGAAAUGUCUGAGUUCGAUAAGUAUCGGUUCUACGACCUGGAGGACCAUUUACGCCUCUCUCUGGGCUCGUUCGAGGAGGAGGAAGCGCCUGCUGCGGCCGCUGGCGGCCAUGGUCCGCCUCCUGCCAUCGAGGAUGGUGAGCUGGGCGAGGAGGAGCACGUGGAAGUGGUUACAGGACUGCGCGAGCUCAAGCCAUUUGUGGUGGAGGGACCCAGUGUCUACGAGCACAUAAUGGCGCCUGUCUUUCAGUUGCAGGACAAGAACCUGGUAACCUCCAACCAGCUGUUCAACUAUAACUGCAAAAUCCGCUACUAUCUGAACGAUCCGCUGAAGCAGGAGUUCAACAAACUCUUCCACGAGGCGCAGCAACUCAAGCAGGACACCAUCGACAGCGUGGUGAGCACUAACUUGGUGCUCACCAAGAUCUACGACAAUAUGAACAUUAUGCUGCGUCUGCUCAAUAUGGAUCAGUUUAAGCCACCUGAACUCACGGUUCCUUCGCUGGCGCAGGAUGAGGUAAUCAAGCAGAUCAUGGAGGUGGACGACUCCGAGGUUAAGGCGGUGAACCGGCGUAAGCCCAAGACAAUCGAUACUGGCGGCAAGAAGGGCAGACUGCUGCUCUGGAGCAAAGAGUUCUGGUCGCGGGCUCUCAUUGUGAUGAUGGACGGGGUGCUGGAGAAACUGUGGGAGGAGGAGAUCAAGAAGGACAUACCCGAGCCGGAGUUCAUGCAGAAGAAGCAGCCGCACGAGUUUAAUCUCGAGGAGCAGAAGAUAUUCCGGGCCUACGAGGAGGCAGUUCAUCUAUUGGAACUGGACCGCCGCAAGUACCUUCGAAUCCUGCACGAGAACGAAGAGAAAACGCUGGCCCUGAAGGCCUCCCAGAUCUUAAAGCUCAACCAGCGCGGGCAACUACGCAUGCUCACCCUCGAAAAGAUCAACUUCGGAAGGGUUCAGCUGCGGAAACGCUUCAGCAUGUUCCGCAAGGACAUCGACAAGUUGAACGACUACAUGACACGGUAUAGCAACCUACUCGAUUUCUAUGACAAGGCCUUUCUCGAUGUGAAAACGCGACUGGAGGCUCAACAGACCCGCGAUCGUGCCGUCGAGCGCCAGUUUCGCAGUCAAUUUCUGCCCUUGGUCCCACAUGCCACCCACGAGAUGACGAAGCUCUUCAAGAAGCGACCCAAACUUCCCGGCAAGAUCUUCAACUCGGUACUCAUCUGCAUGGAGGCCUCGAACAAGCUGAGCGGAAAGCCCAGUCACCGUACUCCCUUUCCGCUGCCCGACGAUGUCCUGGAGUUCCUGAACUAUCUCGUCGAGUUCGAUCAACCAAAACAUUGUCCGCCGCAGGUGGAUCCCAAGUCUUGGGACACCUUUGUCAAGCUGCGUCGCCAGAAGACUGAAAGUGAGUUGCGACUGAAGGGCAUUGGCUACCAGCUGCUCGACAGCCAAGCGCUCCUGGGUGUCCUCAACAAGGACCUCGCGGCGCUCAAGGAGUCCAAGGUCCUGACUCAGCGUAAUUCCGAAGAGAGCAUCCAAACUUAUGUAGAAAAGAUGACAAACAUGACCAUCCAGUUGACCCUCACAAUGGGUCAAGUUGAGGUCUCGGUUAUGGGCCAGUUCACAAAGCUCUCCAAUACAGUUCUCAUGCACGUGGAUGACAUCAACGAUGUGAAUCGCCAGAUUCAGGAAGCUGGAAACAAGAAGAUUAAAGCCAUGCAAAGAGUGGCCGUAUUCAGGCGUCAGGUCAUCUUCAAGGAAUGGGAACACAAGCUGUACAAGGCCAACAUAGCGUAUCUGAAAUACAUGCUGGAUGCCAUCGAGAAAUGCAAAGUCUCAAUGGAGUUCCUCAAUAUCCUACGCAAUUGGGAAAAGGUCAAGACAGAGCGACAGAAGUAUAUAGCCGGAGCUAUCGAACGAGUGAUUGAGCAAAAGAUAGCAGUAUUCAAGAAAAACAUCGAGCGUGUCAACAUUAAAAUCGAUGCCGUGAAGGCACAGACCUUGGAGAUAAAGCGCAGCAGCCACGCCAUCGACUUCAAAAUCGAGCGUAUCAAGGUGGACGUCACUUUCCAGAACACAUUGCGAGAUACGAUGAUGGAGGACAAGCGGGAUCGUGAGCAGCGGGAGCGAAUGUCGCAGAUUAAGACCCAUCGGCAGCUCAUGGAGAACGUCCGCCGCCACUACGCCCAUGUGCUGGAGCUGCAGACGAUUCUGGAGCUACUGCGUCUGCGAACCUACCCCACGUUGGGGCCACCCCUGCCCCAAUGUCAUCCGCCGGUGCCGGAGCACAUUCUCAGUUCGGUGCCCUAGGAGAGCUCCGACCCGACUAAGUUCUAGCCACUUGGCGAAAUAGCAAUUAAAUAUUUUCAUUCCGCCAAA